CUCUCCUCCAUAUUUCCAUGUCAUCUCAAGACUCCGAAGAGUAUCUCGCUGUUCUCAAGGCUUCCUAUGACUAUACUCCAGAAGAAGAUGCAGAAGACGAGGUAGAAGUAAAGGAAGGACAGAUCCUCUUUCUGCUCCAGCGGGUGGAUGAAGACUGGUGGAAAGUCAAAAUCAAAGGUGAUUCGCAGGAACAAGACACUCCCUCCGGUCUCGUCCCAGCUGCAUAUGUAGAACAGGCAGAGCACACAUCACUUGUCAGGGCAUUGUUCGACUACGAAGCUACUGCCGCCGGGGAAUUAUCAAUAAAGGAAGAUGAAAUUCUACUCGCGUUCGAUAUUGAAGAGGAAUGGCUCUUGGCACAAAGUACUGAAGGAGGCAAGGCAGGAUUCGUUCCAGCUAACUACGUCGAGACGCAUACUGAGAGCGAAGGACAUGAGAGCCCUGCCGCACCGCAAAUAGUUGUUCCACCCUCGCCUCCCCGCCCAGUCAGCACGUAUAUAGACCCUGCUGACAGGGUCGCCAGUGCAAAGGCUAAUGCGGACGACAUCAAGACAUGGUCUGUGUCCGAAGUAGAUAAUAAGGGGAAGAAACUGAAAGGAACCCUUGGUAUUGGAAAUGGUGCCGUCUUCUUCGCUAGCGAGACCAGCAAGGCUGCGGUGCAGAAGUGGAGAACCGCCGACAUCACCAACCUAAGCAUCGAGAAAUCCAAACAUGUCCAUUUCGACAUCAGUGCUGCUGAUUCAACACACCUUCAUUUCCAUGCUGGUUCCAAAGACAUCGCCGAAGCUAUUGUGAGCAAGCUUGAGAGCUCAAAAGCGAUAUCCUCUGCCUCUUCCCCUGAGCCUUCAGCAUCUACUUCUCGCACUACGGAGGAAGCCCCUAAGGAGCCCAAGAAAGCGUCCGUCCACUUCUCACCUGCUUCCCCGACGAUAAUACCACCUCGAGAACCCUCAGAAGAUGGUGAAUACGAAUCAACGGAAGAUCAACAGGAUAUCGGUGACGAAGGGCAAGUUACUGUGCUUUAUGAUUUCAAGGCCGAUGGAGAGGACGAACUCACUGUCUCGGCGGACGAACACUUGAUAGUGUUGGAGAAAGACGGGGAUGAUUGGUGGAAGUGUCGUAAUCAGAAAGGUCAAGAAGGGGUAGUCCCGGCUUCGUAUGUGCAAGUCAUCGUAUCUGGAGCUCAACCAAAUACAUCUAGCUCAAAGGCAGCUGAAGAAGCUGCCGCUGAAAAGGCGCGCGGGGUCUCAGAAGCCAAGGCCAGAGCUGAAGCACAAGCCAGAGCGGAAGCUGAUGAAGCCGCACGAGGGAAGGCUGAGGCUGAAGCUAAAGCAAAGGCCGAAGCCGAACGUUUGGAACGAGAGGAAGAGGAAAGGAAGGCGCAGAAGAAGAAGGAGCAAGAGCGUGCAGAGGCGGUUGCAGCAGAGGCUGAGCGCAAACGACGUCAAGUGGCGGCCGUAGCAAAUCAGCCCCAGCCUCCCCGUGAAGUAAAGAGACCUAGUUCCAGUUCUGGGGGUAAGCCAGAGCAUGGCUUCCCUCCUGCAGAACGUGUUCGAACCUGGCACGACCGUACUGGUCAAUUCCGUGUUGACGCCGCUUUAUUGAGUUUCAAAGAUGGCAAACUGCGACUCCACAAGACGAACGGCGUUACUGUCGAAGUGCCCUCGGAGAAGAUGUCCGCUGAGGACAUGAAGUUCAUCGAGAAAUACUAUAACAAGAAGAAGUCCUCGAAGCCAGCGGAUGACGAAGAUAAUAUUCCUCUUGCCCAUCAAAAAUCACGAGCGGCUCCUGCUGCUUCGGCUAAACCAAAGAAAGCCAUGACGAUUGAUUGGUUUGAUUUCUUCCUCCAGGCUGGAUGUGAUCUUGACGAUUGCACGCGAUACGCUACUUCUUUCGAGCGGGAAAGAGUUGACGAGACUCAAGUAGGGGAUCUCACAGAGGGGGUUAUGCGUACGCUUGGGCUACGCGAAGGAGAUAUCAUGCGUGUCAAAAAGGCUACUGAAAAGUACAAACCGACAUCCCAGAAGGACCCAAGAGAGGACCAAAUCAAACAUGAUGAAGCACUUGCCAAACAACUCGAGGCACAAGAAAGUGGCGGUAGCUCCUCCAAACCUCCAAACUUGUUCGCAGAGGGUCCCGGAGGUGUGUUAAAGAACUCCACCAAGCGUGUCCGGCCCCAGCCGAGCAAAUCGUUGCCGGCCCAUGUCGAUCUCGACGUGAUCAGCGCUGCGUCAGCCGAGAUACAGCGGACAAGUUCGCCACAACUCCUUUCUCCAGACAGAGCCAAAUCCACCGCUUCUCCCGUUCAACCCCCUCCUCGAUCAAGCUCUACUUUGGGCUUUGAUGAUGAUGCGUGGACAAACAGGCCGAGUUCCACAAAACCGCUUGCUCCUACUACCCCGGGUACAACUACAGCUCGUGCACCUUCAGCACCACCUGCUGCUGCUGCUGCCGCCUCCGAUCCUCCAGCAGCACCACAUCUCUCCCCACCUAAAACGUUGGCAAAUACUACUGAAGCCGAUAUAUUUGAUCAGUUAACUCGUCUUAGCGAAUUGAAGAAGAACACCCCAGUGCAGUCACCGCCUCAAGCAACCUCCCCCCCUGUAAAUCCAACUCCUCCGCCCACCACUUUCUCAUCUGGUCUUGGAAUGGGCGCAUCUCCUGUUCCAAUGGGACAACUGCAGACUCAACAGACCUCGACGCCGCAGCCAUACAACGGUCCGCGAGGUCCUUUUGCCCCCGUUCCCGCCAACCAACAACUACUGCAGCCUUUGGUACCCACGCAGACAGGUUUCGCCGGCUUUGUGCCAACAAGGGCAACUAACAUGAAUUUUGGAACACCAUCGCCUGUCCCAUCUUUCCAGACUGGCAUGCCGGGUUCUCAGCUGAUGAUGAGUAACGCAACUGGCAUACCGGCCUCCCAGUCGUUAAUAAGCCAACCCACUGGCAUGCCCUUUGGUAAUUUCAACAACCCCAGUCCGUUUGGGCAGCAAAGUCCCUUCCAAUCGAGUGGGAGCUUUAAUGGACCUCUCAUGUCCAAUCCCACAGGCUUUAACCCGGGAUUUAGCCAGUCUCCUUUCAACAAUGGAAUUUUGUCUCCACCUCCUGUCCCGCCUUUACCGCCAUCUACGUCCAGUAAUCAAACAGAUACUAAUCCAGCUAACAUAUUUGCACAAAUGAAGUCUGGUACUUUUGCAACAGACAACUCAUCGGUGCCUCAGUCCUCAGAUAAAUACGAUGCUCUUCGUUCUAACCCUAUGGUCGCUCAGCCUACGGGUUGGGGCAACUUUCAAGGGCAGUCGUUUGUUGGGUAUCGAUGAGGAAGGGUAGUCAGCUACCUUGUUAGAUGUCAAUAUAUGGAAUAAUUUAUGUGCAUCAUCCGUGAAAUUCUGGCUAUGAAA